AGUGCAGUUAGGUAGUUUCAAUAGGUUAAUGUGAAAAAAACUGUAAUGACAUAAAAUAUGAACAAAAUUAUUGGACGUCAACUCAAACACAUAUUCAUAAGCACUCAGAAAUUUAGCUUAACACUGUCAUAAAAAAGUACCUAAUAAUGUCUAACCAGUCUAAUUCAUCAAGAAAUAGAGGCAUCUGCAACUGCAAUUUUUACGUUGAAGCAGAAAACAGUGUUAAAGUGCCGACACAUAUCUUCGUAGAAGACCUGCUACCCGGCUGUCCUGUGAGAGAAGAUCUUCCAUAUAGACAUCGGCUAUUGUUAUACCCGAAAGACGACAACGAAAUCAAUCUGGAGGAGGGCAAAUCUGAAAAAAGUACACAAUAUAAUGAAGUAGAUGAGCAGAGGCGAAAGGAUGUCCGAACAUUCAUGUAUAUUGGACCAAAUGGCACCAUUAUAUCGAAAUUAGAAUUCUACACUAUUCUAUGGGAUUCGUUGGAGGUCUGCACACAAUCACUUUUGACGAUAUUAUUCGAUUAUGAUACUCUCGCAACACACUCGGUGCCGAGCAAACUAUUGGCGAGACAUCAACAAUCGAACGGUAUACCCAAACUGCCACUGGAUCCAUUGAAAAUCAAAGAUAUUAUAUUUUUUGUGAAGAAACGCUUCCAAUGCAAGGAAAGAGAAGUGCGAAACGCGAUCAUCAAAAAAUGCAUGAACGUGGCGGAGGCAGGGUACCGCUCUAAGUGGUUGGCACUAUACCCGUCAAUUUAAUUGAAUUUUGCUUAACGUAAUGUCAUUUAUAAAAAAAUCCUUGUGUGGCACCUAUUCCCUGUUCGUUUUGUUUGCAAAGUUUCUUUUGACAAGUCAUUUCCCAAAGUAAAAUAUUAUUGUCUAGCGGCGUGUUGUCUUUUUUGCAAUUUUGAAAAAUAUUUCAUGAGUUUAAAACACUGGACAGUCCGAACAUUAAGCAAAAUUAAAAGAAGUUUGAUCUGA